AUGUCGCCAACGAAGACGUCGAAAGUCGAGAUCCUCGAGGCGAUGGUCUUCCUCCUUGAACGCAAACUCAAGCCCACCAACCAGAAUGUUGCUGAUUUGGUCGGCUGUGGCAGGAGUACUGCACAAAACCACCUAGCCGAGAUCCGUCGCAAGCUGAAGAAGAAGUACGCGCACGCAGCUGGAGAAACCUCUGGCACCUCCGGCAUCGAGAAGUCGCUUGGUCGUCACAAAACGCCAGCCCCAGAGUUCGCGCCAGACGAAGACGAGGAAGACGACGUCAAUGUUCAGAUUACCAAGGAGGAAGACGAAGAGUUGAAGGAUGUUAUUAUCAAGCAUGAGGCCGACAACUUCGUCGACUUGACCGAUGACUGA